CUGAGCAAAUUUAAUGCGACGUAACAAAAAUUAACUAAACUAAUACCUGAGUUUCCAAGAAGGCACAUGCAUUACUUCGGAGUACUUAGACACGCCACAGAAUCAUUGUCCGUCAUAUUCGUUCACGCCACACCAAUCGACUCGCUUCCAUUUCGUUUCUUUCGGUUCAUAUUUCCGCAGAUCACAUCGAGAUGUCGUCUAAGGUUCUCCAUGUUGAUCAGCUGAACCAACUAAGGGACGUUUUUUCUCGAUUUGACAUGGACUCCGACGGCAGCCUCACCCUCCUAGAGCUAGCGGCGCUUCUCCGCUCGCUGGGGCUGAAGCCCACCGGAGAGAAAAUCCACGCGCUGUUAGCCACCAUGGACUCCAACGGCAAUGGGUUUGUGGAGUUCGAUGAAUUGGUGAGAGCAAUACUGCCAGACUUUAAGAAGGAAGGGGUGAUCGUAAAUCAAGAGAAGCUUCUAGAGGUUUUCAAGUGCUUCGAUCGCGACGGUAAUGGGUACAUAUCGGCGGCGGAGUUAGCCAGAGCAAUGGCCAGAAUGGGUCAGCCUCUCACGUACAGAGAUCUCACUCAGAUGAUCAGAGAUGCCGACGAAGACGGCGACGGCGUUAUUAGCUUCAGUGAGUUUGCCACUGUGAUGGCCAAGUCUGCCUCGGAUUUCUUUGGCCUUACAUCUCCGUAACCAUACCAUCCAGGCUGAAAUAAUAUCCCAUUGUGUCAUAUGAAUUCAUUUCUUCAAAGAUUGUGGAGGGGAAUUUUCUACCUUUUCUUUUAUAUUUGCUCCACACCACCCCCCCCAAAAAAAAAAAAAUCUGUAAGUUCUGUGUUUUAUGGAAAAAUUAGUUUUAAAUUGGAAAAUAAAAUUCUAACCUCAACCUGAUAGAGGACAGUUUUUA